AUGGAUGGCGCCUUGAUGGAAAUUGGCCCUUACAGACUUCAGGAUGACCAUACCCUGAUUUACAACAAUGGAUCAUGGGAUGAGUUUGCCAACCUUUUAUUCGUGGAUCAGCCUGUAGGCACUGGAUUCAGUUAUGUCAGUACAGACAGCUAUGUCCGCGAACUUGGACCCAUGGCCGACCAAUUUGUCACUUUUCUGGAAAGGUGGUUUAAUGUGUUUCCCGAAUAUGAAAGGGAUGAUAUUUAUAUUGCCGGUGAAUCGUAUGCUGGUCAAUACAUCCCUUAUAUUGCCGACGCAAUCGUCCGACGUAAUGAAAAGCUUUCCGUCAACGGCACUUCCUGGAAUGUGCAAGGUCUUUUGAUCGGGAACGGCUGGAUUUCCCCACUUGAGCAAUACCGUUCCUAUUUGCCAUUUUCGUAUAAAGAGGGUGUCCUGGACAAGGACUCUGACGGGGCUAAGGCUGCAGAGUCUCAAUUAUCAAAAUGCAUGUCUAAACUCAAGGAAGUAGGCAAAUUUGGAGUCCACGUGGAUGAGUGUGAGCGAGUGUUGGAAUUAAUUCUGGACACCACAAAAGUUGACGGGAAAUGCAUUAACAUGUAUGAUGUCAGACUCCAAGAUACCCCCGACGCCUGCGGGAUGAAUUGGCCCCCUGAUAUCUCUCUCGUUACCUCGUACCUUCGCCGACCAGAUGUGGUAAAGGCUUUGAAUAUCAACGAAGACAAAACCACGGGCUGGCGCGAGUGUUCGCCUGGUGUGGGGAGAAAUCUACAGGCUACCGAAUCAGUACCAUCCGUCCAACUUCUGCCAGGCCUACUCGAACGAGGAAUGCCGAUAGUGCUGUUUAGUGGUGACAAGGAUUUGAUUUGUAACCACAUAGGUACAGAAGACUUGAUACAUAACAUGACAUGGUUGAAUGCUACAGGCUUUGAACUUUCUCCAGAUGUCUGGGCACCACGUCACAAUUGGGAAUUUGAGGGAAGUGCAGCUGGCAUAUACCAACAGGCCAGAAACUUGACAUAUGUCAAGUUUUACAAUGCCAGCCAUAUGGUCCCAUUCGACUUCCCCCGCCGUUCUCGUGAUAUGCUGGAUCGUUUCCUAGGAAUUGAUAUCACCAGCAUCGGAGGGGAUCCAGCGGACUCCAGGAUCGAUGGCUUGAAAGGAGCUCCGACGUCUGUAGGUGCUCAUCCGAACAGCACCACUGCCGAGGAGAAAGAGAAGGAGAAGAUUAAAAUUGCUGCUUGGGAAGCCUAUUAUAAGUCUGGUGAAGUUGCUCUAGUCGUGGUCGCCAUUGCUGCGUCCUUAUGGGGAUUCUUCAUUUGGCGAUCUAAACGACGGGAGAAAGGAUUGGAAUACAAGGGUAUCUACCCUAAUCUUGAGAGCUUUAGCUCCGCUAGCCUUGCGACUUUUAGGGGCAAACGACGUGGAAGAAUGGACGUCGAGUCUGCUCCUCGACCUGAUGAAGCUGAAUUGGAAACUCUGUAUAACGCUGCAGAAGGGUCAGAUCCUCAGGAUGGAGGAGAAGAAAAUUUUUCUGACGGCAAAGGAGGUAACGAGAAGGCGCAAUCACAUGCGGGGAUGGGCAACUCAAGAUGA